AUGGAGGCUACAACCACCACAGAAACUCUCAAAUUGGAACGUCGAGGCUCUGCCCCGGUUAAGCGCAGAGUGAGCCGGGCAUGCGAUCAUUGCCACCGCAUGCGAACAAGAUGCAACGGCCAGGCCCCGUGUUCGCGAUGCAUAGAGCUCGAAUACGUCUGCCAGUAUAACCGUGAAAAGAAACGACGAGGAAAAGUCCCAAGGCACAUCCAAAAGCAGAGGGAAGAAGCCGCUGCUGGUGGCGGUAGUCCGCAGACCCCCAAUGGAAUGACUGGUUAUUUUGAGCGUCCUGGUGUCAUGACCGAAAUGGACGAGGAUGUCUGGUCGCAAUCAGAAGCAACGCCCGUCGUUCAGCAUUUCCCACAAGGCAAGGCCGGUUUGCCUACCGGUGACUGGCAGGCCAUGAACCCUGGCGCGACUUUCGACCCACCUGUAAACCACAUGAUGAUCGAUCCUCUGCUCCUCGGAUCUGGUGCUGCUUAUCCUUCUAUGCAUGCUGAGAUGCCUCGCGAAGAGUUGAUGUAUGCCAUGAAUGCUCUAGGCAUGCAUCUCAUCGGUCCCAAGGUUACUCCAGUGUCGAUUCCCUCCGAAUACGCCAACAUGAGCUACCCAAUGCAUUAUCAACAAACCGGAAGACAGUCAUCGCCGCACAGCUAUGGAUCCGCCGACACCGGGUCGCCACAGUCGGGAGUCAGCGUCAACUCUUCGCAGCAUGGUGGUGGCAUCAUGGUCGCCUGCAGGUACCCGGUCCUAAAGCCCCUUCUACCACACCUUGGCACCAUUAUGAACGUCUCCACCGCAUGCGAUUUACUCGAAUUCUACUUCCAAAGCUCCUCGUCCGUCUUCAUGGAACCACGCUCACCUUACAUUCUCGGCUCCGUAUUCAGGAAACGAAGCUUUCUCCGCCAGCACAAACCGAGAAAGUGCAGCCCGGCAUUGCUUUCCAGUAUGCUUUGGGUAGCCGCCCAAACAAGCGAAGCGAGUUACCUUACUUCUUCGCCCUCGGCAAGAGCUAUCAUUAGCCAGAAGAUGUGGAAUCUGACGGUGGAUCUACUGAGGCCUCUGGUUCAUUCGCCUUCCUCACAUGGAUUCGCCCCUGGACCUGGACUUUCAUCCGCCGCACAUGACGCUUUUGGAGUCGACCGAGCAAUAGGGCGGUACGACGGGAGAUCCGAUAGCGCCAUGGCACCCACCAGCACGCUAGACGAUGUGGCAACAUAUAUCAACCUGGGAGUUGUCACGUCCGCAAGCGAGUACAAGGCGGCUUCUUUGCGGUGGUGGAAUGCAGCAUGGUCAUUGGCGAGGGAGCUCAAGUUGGGCCGAGAGCUGCCGCCGGGCUCUGCCAAAGAGCGUGAGACAGCUGCUAUUGACGGAGAAAUUGAUGUGGGCAUGUCAGAUGGCUCCAGUGCGCAGGUGCCCGUCGGCACACCAUCUGCAGCACUGAUCGAGGAGAUGAAGGAGGAAAGACGCCGGCUAUGGUGGCUACUCUACAUGGUUGACAGGCAUCUUGGUCUCUGCUACAACCGCCCACUCGCCAUGUUGGACAAUGAGUGCGAAGACUUGUUCCAGCCCGUCCCAGACACGCUCUGGCAGGCGGGCGAGUUUUACACCGGACACCCCGGACCACGGAAACGCGGACUCAGUUUCCAAUGUACAUCGCAUGAUGUCUUUGGCUUCUUCCUGCCCCUGAUGACAAUCCUCGGAGACAUUGUAGAUUUGAACGCCCAGAAGAACCACCCAAGAUUUGGUCAGCGCACUUCCUGGGAAUUACACGAGGCUGAGAUUACGCGCCAACUGGAACGCUACGCUUACAGCAUCGAGGAGUUCAAGGCACAACAUGGCUGCGGUCCAAACGAGGAAGCGCAACCCAACGGCACCCCAGACCCAGUACGAGGCGAAUGGGUCCACCAAACGAGAAAAGUCGCCGCCUACGCCACUCAUAUCAUGUACGUACUGCAUAUCCUUUUGCACGGCAAAUGGGACCCCGUGGCACUACUCGAAGACGACAACAUGUGGAUAUGCUCGCAGUCCUUCCUCGCAGCGAGCUCCAACGCGAUCGCCGCCGCCCGUGCCGUCGAGCAGAUACUGGACGUCGAUCCAGACCUGUCAUUCAUGCCCUACCUCUUUGGCAUGUAUCUUUUACAAGGAAGUCUCAUCCUACUUCUCUUGGCCGACAAGCUCUCGACCGAGACCAAUGACAGCGUGAUUCGGGCCUGCGAAACAAUUGUCCGCGCCCACGAAGCUGCCGUCGUGACGCUCAACACGGAGUAUCAGAGAAACUUCCGCAAAGUGAUGAUAUCGACACUAGCGCAAAUCAAGGGCCACGGCCACGCAAGAGAAAUGACACCGGCGAAGCGACGAGAGGUACUAUCCUUGUACCGAUGGACGAGUCUGGGGAACGGUUUGGCGAUCUGA